AUGGCGACAGAGAGUGUAGUAGAUCCGACUCAGUCCGGAGUCGAUGUUCAACCCACUCAACCUCAUGGUCUUGAGCCUGGACCAACUUUUUCGAACAUCAUGAGUUCAAAAGACAACUAUGUCCAAAUACACGCGGGACACGAAUCACAACACAGCACCAUGGCGUUAAUCUUACUAUUGGCACUUUUUGGCUUUCAAUUUGUAAUUUUGUUCUGGAAACAAAGACAUUAUCGAUCUUUUCAAGCUGUUACGCUAGUUGGACUAUGGUUAAUACCAAUGUAUAUUUGCAUUCGUGCUCAAUUCUGGCGAUUCCUUUCAAUUUGGGUGUUAUAUUCACUUGCAAAUUUUCGAGUAAUAUACCUUGCAUCGAGAAAACCUCUGGACCAUAAGACACCGAGACUCGUCUAUAAUUGGUUUUCCAUCGUUUAUAAAUUGUGUUAUGCCGUCGGUGUAACAGGCUAUGCCAUCUUAAUGCUUACAUUUUUUGGGAUUCUACAGUUAUUUUAUGAUUCAGUCGAAAUUGCAGAUUUGGGAAUAAUUCUUCUGUCAUAUGGGUUAUAUUUUGGUGUAUUAAGUCGAGAUUUUGUCGAAAUUUGCACAGAUAGAAUGGCCUCAACACUCGGGUACUACAAUAAAGACGGAUUCCCCAGAAAACAUCUUCGGGCAGUAAUUUGUGCUGUGUGUGGUGGCUCAACCGAAAAUAAAGAACAAGAAAAUGUCCAUCAGUUAACUUGUCGUCAUGUGUUUCAUGAAGAGUGUAUACGUGGAUGGUGUUUAAUUGGAAAAAAAGAUAUUUGUCCAUAUUGGUACAUGUUUUUUGUCGUUGGUUUUUACGUCUUUGUUUGCGAAAAGAAACCUAACAUCAUUCUUUAUUUGUCGAAAAUCCCCGUCGAUGGUCAUUACAGUAAAGAGAAGGUUGAUAUGAAAGAAUUUAAAACAAAUCCAUGGGACACACAACAGCAACUCUAUCUUAGCUUACUUGAUGGUGUUCGUUAUUUAGUCGUGUGGCAACCCAUAAUUUUUGCUACUGUUCAAGUAGCAUAUCAUAUUUUUGGACUGGAAUAA